GAGGACAGUCUCUGCUCCCCGCUCCCCCUAAAGUCUUCACUUUCACUGCUGCUGCUGCAGGUGAUGCUGUAAGACAGAUAACGGGAGUUUGAUCGGGGCAAACAGGCAGAGAGCUGGAUUUGGAUUGGGAAUAAAGGAGGGGAGGAGGGGAGAUUUAAAGGGAAAGGAGCAGAGGGAGAUUCAGACUACAGAGUGAGAGUGAGGAAAGAGAGCCAGUGCAGAGAAAGAGAAGAGGCAGCGAAUGGAAGAAGAGAAGAGGAGAGGCAUUGACUGGAGGCAUACGCAUGGACGAGAAGAAUUUAUUUCAAGUGCUUGGCGUGCAGCCCUGAAGGGAAGCGUGUGGCCGUCAGAGUGGAUUUUUUUUUAAAUCAUCCACCGCUCCACAGUUGCAGGAGAAGCAGAGAUACAGAGACAGGCUGGGAGCAGAGAGCUGAGCACAGAGGAUGAACAGGAGAUGCGGGCUCUGUGGCUGUGAUCGCCGUGCUCAGACCUCGUAGCUACUCUCGCUGGUUGUUGCAGGCCGUCAGCCUUGCAGAGACGGCAGCAGCAGUCGACACAGAAUGAGCUCCAAGCACUCCUCUGACUGGAUUCCCUACAGCACUUUAGACGAUGAGGGGACAAACCUCCGACAACAGAAACUGGACAGACAGCGAGCCCUCCUUGAACAGAAGCAGAAGAAGAAAAGACAGGAGCCUCUGAUGGUCCAGUCCAAUGUGGACGGGAGGUCCCGCGCUCGUCGGACCAAACAGAGCGAAGAACAGGCCCCGCUGGUCGAAUCAUACCUCAGCAGCAACAGCAGCACCAUCUACCAUGUGCAAGAUCCUGAACGGGAGGAGGUGAAGGUGAUUUCGGACGCUCAGUUGCCUCGCUCAGCCAAAAAGGGCAAAGCAUCGGCCAGCUCCACUCCGCAGACAGGCAGUGAAAAGAAGGAGAGGAAGGGCAAACACAAAGCGAUCAACAGCCCGGCUGCCCAGCAGGACGACAGUCAGAUCCAGAUCCUGACGGUGGGCCAUUCUGCUGCAGAGGAGGGCGAGGCAGAGCCGGUUAUGAGCUGCACUCAGUCACAGAGUAAGCAGGACCUUCGUGUCACCAUGCUGAAGAAAGGUAUUUCCAGCAGUAUGAAUUUUGAUGAAGAAGAGGAUGAUGACGAUGAAAUUAGCUCAAGCUCUUCACAGCUCAAUAGCAACACAAGACCAGGCUCUGCCACCAGCAAAAAGUCAUGCAAGGAGGUGGCCUCAGCACCCACUCCACCAACAAAUGAACCUGCCAUUGAUGUUGAGGAUCUGGAGGAGUUUUCUCUGCGACCCGCACCACAGGGUGUCAGAGUAAAAUGCAGAAUCACCAGGGACAAGAAAGGCAUGGACAGAGGAAUGUAUCCUACCUACUAUCUUCACCUGGAGAGGGAGGAUGGCAAAAAGGUAUUCCUUUUAGCUGGAAGGAAAAGAAAAAAGAGUAAAACUUCAAAUUACCUCAUCUCUAUUGAUCCCACUGAUCUGUCUCGUGGAGGGGAGAGCUUCAUUGGAAAACUGAGGUCAAACCUCAUGGGAACUAAGUUUACUGUGUAUGACAAUGGUCUGAACCCCAUGAAGAGCACCACCAGCCUCGAAGCCAGCAAUCUUCGCCAAGAACUAGCUGCCAUUUGCUAUGAAACCAAUGUUUUAGGAUUCAAAGGGCCUCGCAAAAUGAGCGUCAUCAUUCCGGGAAUGAACAUGGACCACGAGAGGGUGUCCAUUCGGCCGCGUAACGAGCAUGAGUCAUUGUUGGCCAGGUGGCAGAACAAGAACACCGAGAGUGUGAUUGAGCUUCACAACAAAACACCUGUGUGGAAUGAUGACACUCAGUCCUACGUUCUGAACUUCCACGGCAGAGUCACGCAGGCUUCUGUUAAAAACUUUCAAAUCAUUCAUGACAAUGACCCUGACUACAUUGUGAUGCAGUUCGGCCGUGUGGCAGAGGACGUCUUCACAAUGGACUAUAACUACCCAAUGUGUGCGCUGCAAGCCUUUGCCAUUGCCCUCUCCAGCUUUGACAGUAAACUUGCCUGUGAAUAAACUCAAAUCUGAGGUUCAAAGAAGAGAUGAUCUAUCUGUCCUUAAGGGCUGCUUGUGUAUCCCUCGGGUUGGUUUGAGAUCUUUAAGUCACCCAAUGCCCUGGAACUCCUGCAUACUGCGAAAUACAUUGUGGGCUUCAAGUCCUCGGUGUCUAUGUGUGCCUGCAGUCGAAAAGGGGUAAAUGGUCAUGAUCUGUGGAAAAAAACAAGCACAAAAAGUAAUCCACUGGUAAAAAUCAAAGGAAUUGGUCUCGACUUAUAUUGUAAUUUUGUAUACUGCAACUGCAUUAUAAAAACCUGCACUGUUUCUUUAUGUAGUAGCUUUAGAAGUUUAACGUUUCCUUACUUGUACAUUUUAACUAACAGGGACACAAGAGUUUUGUUUGAGCAACUCCGUGUAUUUUCUUUCUGUAGUCUACAGCACAGUCUCACACAUCCUUGUUGUGCAUGAAUUCUUCCUGGUAGAUCAAAGAUAACAUGCUGAUCAGAGUAUUUUGUUAUUUCCAUAUUUCAUGCAUGGUAAUUUUAUUUUCUGCAAUCAUUUGUAACAACUUCAUCGGUAUUGGCUGUUUGGUGCUGCAAGCAUUAAUCGUCAUUGCAAAAAAGUAAAAUAAAUAAUCACUUACUUCCAAAAGAAUCAAUUAGAGACUCCAACUUGAAAAGGAUAAAGGCAUGUUAUACAGUGCUGUCUACCACAUAUUGUGUCACACUGUUCAAUGUGAAUGUACAGGAUGAUGGUGCACUUUACUUUGAAUUAUGUGAUGGAAAGAUAUAUUGCUGUACAUACUUUAUUGUGCCUUUGAAGAUGAACUCCAGUUUUAAAGUUUGGUCACAAAAUAACUUGAACUUGAAUUAAUCUAUGUGUUUCUUGCCAUCCUCGCGUUCACUGAAGAUAUUGCUCUAAAUUUUAGCGUGCCUCAGACAUGUUCAGAAUGGAUGAACACAUUUGGCUACAGAAGAUUCAAGAUAGUUUAUUCCAAUGUUUCAGACAGUCUAUAGGUAAAUUAUAAUUAGCUUCACAACUUCACUGCUCAUUUCCUUCAAAGUUUAUUAACACAGCAUGACCUUCUGCCAGCAAACAAAGAGGGUGAAUCCACCUUUUGUUUGAACACAUGUCUUUUUCUUGACAUUUUCAUGAACUUUAUACUCCAUUAAGGAGCUUAAUACAUUCCUCAUCUCACUGGCAGUAAAUCAAUAUAUCACACACUGCUCACAUUUUUACUCAAAAUAUUUGCCCUCUUGCUUCUUCUAGGGCAGAAUCUCUUUUUGUCAAAUGUAAAGUAGUAGAUUUUCUAUUUUACAACCAUUGAAAAAAUAUGCCGAAUGACAGCAAAGAACAAUCGCUGAUACCGCUAUUGUUACUGUGGGUUCUGAGAAGAUCUUUAACAAAUGUGCUAUUCUUGUAUUCAGUUGUGUUAUAUUAGAAAUUUCUAUUUCGAAAUGGUUGAUACUCUUGCUGUAAAGUCUGCUUUUCUCAUAUGUGUCCAGGACUCGGGAGGUUCUGUCAUUUUCCGGUUUCAGUGCUCUCAUCAUUAUGUACAGUAAAUGGUGUACAAUUUUACUCUGGUGGUAUAAACAAAGUCCUUUGAUCAUGAGAAAAAUAAACUUACAGUCUGUCAAAUGAAAUAUUCUGGAUGUUGUUGAUAAUGCUUUUUAGAAGUUAGAGAGCAACGUCUCUUCAUACCAGUAAAAUUUAAAAAAUCUGUCAUAUCCCUGUUUUCAGCUGCUAUUUUUUUGUGGUAAAAACCAGAGCAUUCUCACUAUGUCACCGAUUGUAGAAAUGUCUGAGACAACAAUGCUUGACUUAAACCAAGCAUAUAAAAUCACAUUGUCACUGUUGUACCCUGAUUUCAAACCUCUCAUCUGUGCCACUUUCUUGGUGUUUAUAUUUCUAUUUGUAUUUUAGAGUCAUCAGAGGGACAAAAACAUAAAGGCUGCUAAAUAACCUAA